AUUCAAUAUGGCGGACGAAGAAAGAAAUCGGAUGGUCGCUGAAUUUUCCGGAGUAACUGAUGCUGACGCUGAACGCGCAAAGUUUUAUUUAGAAUCAUCCGGCUGGGAUCUUCAUGUUGCACUUAGUAGUUUUUAUGACACAAUGGGAGAAGAUGACGAGAACAUAGGGGCUGAAACUGAACAAGCCCAGGAGCAGCCAAGUACCAGAUCAAAGCACACUCCUACAGGGCGAAACAUUGCUUCCCUUUCAAGCAUGCAAGCAACAGAAAAUGCUGACAGUGAUGAUGAAGAAGGACAAGCAUUUUAUGCUGGAGGCUCAGACACAAGUGGACAGCAAAUUCUUGGUCCACCAAGAAAGAAACAAACAUCGAAUGAUAUUACUCAGGGCAUAUUUGAUGAUGCAAAGAGACAUGGAGCAGAAGUUGUUGCUGACGAGGAUGUGGUUGGUAGCCAAGGAGCCAGGCACCAGCCUGCAUUUAAGGGUGCAGGUUACCGUCUUGGAGAUACAGAAGGGGACAGUUCACAGCCCCUCCCUGAAACACUAUCAUUCAGGGCAGAUGCACCACAACAACCUACAGAAGUCGCUUUAAAGUUCUGGUCUAAUGGAUUUUCAGUGGAUGAUGGACCUCUGAGGUCGUUUGAUGAUCCAGCUAACAAGCAGUUCCUGGAUUCUGUCAGACGAGGCGAAAUUCCACAGGAGUUAUUAAGAUUGUCCCGAAAAGGAGAAGUGCACGUUAAUAUGGAAGAUCACAGACAUGAAGAGUAUGUCCCUCCACCCAAACCUAAACUCCAAGCAUUCUCAGGAACAGGGCACAAAUUAGGCAGCCCGGCUCCAGACGUGAAGUCCAGUCAUUCAACAGAACAACGUGCCUCCCAGUCUUCCUCCAGCACACCACAACCAAUGGCAACAAGUCCACUGGACCAAUCACAGCCGGUAACCAGCAUACAGAUUAGAUUGGCUGAUGGAACGCGUAUGGUCUCAAAAUUCAACCACUCACAUACAGUUGGAGAUAUUCGGAAGUUUAUCUGUGCAUCAAGGCCUCAAAUGGCAACGCAGAGCUUUGUUCUUAUGACGACGUUCCCUAACAAAGAGCUAUCGGAUGAAACGCAGAAACUCUCUGAAGCAAAUCUCUUAAAUGCCGUCAUUGUCCAGAGGUUCAAGUGAGUGAAGACCGGAAUUUUCCAGGCGGUGGAUGAGGAAGUCUGGUAAUGAAUCAAAAACGAAACAUACCUGUGACAGGAAGAUUGUCACGUGACUGUGAAUCUGAUUACAUUCUGGAGAAUCUGAGAAGUGGAGUCGAAACCAAAGUCUGCAGUUGAUGGGGUUUACAACUUCGUUGACUUUUUAGUUACUUUCCUAUCGUUUACUGCAACAAAUAGUUUAAGCUUCGUUUAGAAGUGCUCCUCCAAGGAAAGGUAAUUGUGGCUUCUAAAAUAAAAUUUUGGUCAAAGACUG